UUGUCCAUUAGUACAAGCUGAUUCUCGAAUCUCUGGGGGAUUCCCAAAAAAAAACUUGAUUUGAUGGGUUGUACAACCUCCAAGCUCGACGAUCUUCCUGCGGUGGCGCUUUGUCGCGACCGUUGCGGUUUCCUCGAAGCAGCGAUUCAACAACGUUACGCUCUCUCCGAGUCCCACGUUGCCUACACACAAUCCCUAAAAUUAAUCGGCCCUUCUCUUCACAGCUUCAUCAACCACCACCACCGCUUCGCCGGAGGAGAGUCUCACGACGACCCGGACGAUUCGCCCAUCUCGGAUUCUGGGUCGGGUCAUAUCGAAUUCGAUUCGGAUUCCGACGAAAUCGAUUCCUUGCAUCACUCUGAUCACUCAUCGUCUCCUCUGCAUCACCAUCUCGACGAUGACGAGGAUCCGGGUUUUACCCGUUACUCGAAUCCGGGUCCUCCUCCUCCUCCUUCUUACUCCGGGUCGUAUCUGCAUAUGAAUUACAUGAAGAAUAGUUCGAUGCCUCCUUCCGUCGUCUACGAGCAGAGACCUUCGAGUCCUCAGAGAGUUUACAUCGGCGAUUCAUCAACUUCUAAUCCAUACCCGAAUUACGGACCCGGGUCUUCUCCAUCGUCGUCGAAGCCGCUUCCUUCGCCACCAAAGUCAGAAGCUUGGGAUUUCUUAAACCUUUUCGAUUACGCUCCGUACACUCUUACUCGGGAUUCGAGAGAGGUGAGAGAGAAAGAAGGUAUUCCGGAUUUGGAGGAAAUGGAUUUUCAGCGAGAGGUUGUGAAGGAAGUACAAGGGAAACAGAAAUUCGCCGCCGGGAAACCUCCGGUUCCAGCCGCGGCCACCGUGGAUGACAAGGAAGAGCCGCCAGGUAACUCCGGUGGUCAGGCUUCUCUGUAUCAGACUAGGCCAAGCGUGUCGGUUGAGAACGAAGAGAAGGAGGUUCAUCUGGUGGAGAAGAAAGUUGUAGAGGAUGGUGGGGACAAGGUACGGAGGAGUAACGCAGCGCCACGUGGCGGUUGGUGUGGCGGAGUCCGGCGUGGGGUGCCUGAGGUUGCGAAAGAGAUUGAGGUUCAGUUCUUGAGAGCUGCAGAGUCAGGCAGUGAGGUUGCAGUGAUACUUGAAGUGGGCAAGCUUCCUUAUGGUCGCAAAAAUGUUUCGUCGAAGAAGAUGCAGAGGGACACUCCAUCGCCGUCUGUGUUGUCGUCAUCUCAACCGUCAACCUCCAAGAAAGCUGAAGCGUCUUCUUCUUCGGUUGUGGCUGCACCUACUUACGCAGAAAUUGAGUCAGAGCUUGCAUUAAGGUCUCGUAAUCUUUCUUCUACAUUGGACAAGCUCCACCUCUGGGAGAAGAAGCUUUACGUUGAAGUCAAGGCUGAGGAAAAACUGCGUGUGUUACACGAGAAAAAGUUAAGGACGCUGAAGCGUUUAGAUGAAAGAGGUGCAGAGGCUCCAAAAGUAGAUUCAACAAGAAGAUUAGUGAGAAGUUUGUCCACGAAGAUAAGGAUUGCGAUUCAAGUUGUUGACAAAGUAUCCGUUACAAUUAACAAUAUAAGAGACGAAGAGCUUUGGCUGCAACUAAAUGGAUUGAUCCAAGGGCUUAGCAGAAUGUGGAAAGCCAUUCGGCUCACGGAAAAAUCCAACCAUGGAAUGGACAAUGCGGCUGUGAGCAGGGUACUGUACAGUUGUACGUAG